CAGACGGGUUGUACUUCGGCGGGUUGUACCUCGUCCAACGCGGCGCCGUCGCCUCCUGAAAAGCUGGCGAGGUACUUGCUCUUUCAAUCCGUAAGCGAGGCAAACGCGUUCCGAAGGUGGUAUGAGGAAGAAGCGGGCUCGGUCACGUUACAUUACAACCGGCGGCUCGGCUGCCGCACGAUGGACGCCUCUAUCCGACUAUGCCGCACCCUGACAUUACACCAAGUCCUUCUCGCAGUGCGAGCGCAGGAGCUUCGUGAAGAAUCGACUUUGACAGGUGAAACGAGAGUCGAGAAUGAUACAACAACUACUGACCACGUGUCUUCUGUUUCAGGCCUACCUUCUGCCCCAGGUGGAGCAGGUUCGGUGACUCCUGCGCCUUCACCAGAGCAGGGGUCUUCAACGGAAAAUGUCGUAGCCGUAUCCGAAGCUGGUGUUGGAGGAGUGUUGAAGCGAGAGACAUCUUCAAGUGCAAAUAGUAGUACUGCGACGACAGGGGGUAACGGUAAGUGUAACAAGUCCGCGUGGUGGUCUCUGAGUGCCGCUACAGCGGUAGUGCG